AAAAGAAGAAGAAGAAGAAAAAACAAUAAAAAUUUUUAGUUUUAAUUGAACCGACGUGGGUGUACGGUAAAGGAAGAUUUACUGCAUUUACACACAUUUGAAUAAUUGUUGUUUUUUAAUUUACUUGCCCUUUGAAAUUAUGUCGGAGACAAUUGAUAUAUCAAGCGUAAGCAUAAACAGCACUUCAACGUUAUUUCAGAUUUUAAAAAAUUGUGCCAACUUUCAAUCAUACGAUAGCUUACCAACCGCGGAGUAUAACGACGUUUUCUCUAUCGAUUCCCAUAACAGCUUUUAUUUGGACUCCUAUCCAAAAAUGAUUGCUACAAAUACUUACUCAAUCAGCGGAAGUAUAUCGAAUCGGAGUGCUUCGAGCGAUGACUCUUGGCUCGAUAAUAAUAUACUUGAGGAAAAUGGUCGAAUUUCAUUAGCAUAUGAAAAUUUAAAAACUAUACCUCGACGGAUAGCGGAAAAAUAUGCUAUGCAAACAAAAUUUUUAGAUUUAAGUUACAAUAAUUUUCAAAAUCUAUCCUUCUUAUCAUUUUUCGAAGACUUGCAUACAUUGAUAUUGGACAGAAACAGCAAUUUGGAUGUUAACACAUUACCAUUCUUGCCGAACUUGAAGAUUUUGUGGAUUAACAAUUGCAAUAUUAAAAAUGUUGUUGACUGGAUACAUCGCAUACGUGCGCAGUGCCCAACACUGGAGCACCUAUCGAUUAUGGGAAAUCCGGGCAUUAAAGAAUCAUUCAAUUACUGCACUCUAAAUAUGUACGCUUCUGCUAUCUCGGCAUUAAACACAGGAGACAUUGAUACGUUAAUAAUGCAGCCCGCAAACACUGCAGUCGAUUACCGAGAAUACAUCCUGGGGAUGCUGACAAAUUUGGAGUAUCUUGAUGGGACGCCACGAAAUACUUUAUUGCUAAGCACAUCCGGUAAAAUUAACGCUAACGGUCGUAUACCUUCUUCGCCAACUACUUCCUUAAGCAAUGGAUCCUCCUCUCAAAGUCAAUGCAGUAAUAAUGGCAAUAACGAGCGCCAGCGUAAAAUUUCACCAACUCUUAGUUUCAAAGGUAUAUUUCGAAUGAAACGACGCAAAAUCUCUUACCCGAGCUCAUCCACAAACUGAUUUCACAAGAGAAAAAGAUAUGAGGGUAUAAUGACUACAAUUUAAACAUUUUGAGACAUAAUUAAAGGCAUCUGCGUUCAUUAAAUCAAUGAAAGGAACCACCUAGCAACUGAUCAUCGUGUUUACCAUCAUCCCUUCUUAUCAUGUUUUUCAAUUGUUGUGUGCUGUUAAUUGUGAAUAGUUGCAAAAAGCAAUUCAGUAUGCUUUACUAUGUACCCAAGCAAGCGUUUGCAGCGAUAAACAUGUUUGUUUUUUUUCUCUUUUUUUUGUGGUAUUUAAAGAAACAAAAACACACCCAUUUCCAUAUUAAAGACUUAAAUUAAUAAAUAUAAUUUUAAAAACUUAUGACAUUGUAACUAAA